GCUCCCGCCAGUGCAGUCUGGCCCGUAGGUCUCUGGCCGUCCCAGACCGGCGUGCAGGCUUGGGAUCCUCCUGGUGACCCCUCCAGUCCAGGUCCCCUCAGCCACUCUGCCCCAAGAUGGGCCGUGGGGCCGGCCGCGAGUACUCUCCCGCUGCCACCACCUCGGAGAAUGGGGGCGGCAAGAAGAAACAGAAAGAGAAGGAGCUGGACGAGUUGAAGAAGGAGGUGACUAUGGACGACCACAAGCUGUCCUUGGAUGAGCUGGGCCGCAAAUACCAAGUGGACCUGUCCAAGGGCCUCACCAACCAGCGGGCCCAGGACAUUCUGGCUCGGGAUGGGCCCAACGCCCUCACCCCACCCCCGACAACCCCCGAGUGGGUCAAGUUCUGUCGCCAGCUCUUCGGGGGCUUCUCCAUCCUGCUGUGGAUUGGGGCCAUCCUCUGCUUCCUGGCCUAUGGCAUCCAGGCUGCCAUGGAGGAUGAACCGUCCAAUGACAACCUCUACUUGGGCGUGGUGCUAGCAGCUGUGGUCAUCGUCACCGGCUGCUUCUCCUAUUACCAGGAGGCCAAGAGCUCCAAGAUCAUGGAUUCCUUCAAGAACAUGGUGCCACAGCAAGCCCUCGUGGUGCGGGAAGGAGAGAAGAUACAGAUCAACGCCGAGGAGGUGGUGGUGGGAGACCUGGUGGAGGUGAAGGGUGGAGACCGCGUGCCUGCCGACCUCCGGAUCAUCUCCUCUCACGGCUGUAAGGUGGACAACUCAUCCCUAACAGGCGAAUCAGAGCCCCAGACCCGUUCCCCCGAGUUCACCCAUGAGAACCCACUGGAGACCCGUAAUAUCUGUUUCUUCUCUACCAACUGUGUGGAAGGCACUGCCAGGGGCAUUGUGAUCGCCACAGGUGACCGGACAGUGAUGGGCCGCAUAGCCACUCUGGCCUCGGGCCUGGAGGUCGGGCGGACGCCCAUAGCCAUGGAGAUCGAACACUUCAUUCAGCUCAUCACAGGGGUGGCCGUGUUCCUGGGGGUGUCCUUCUUCGUGCUCUCCCUUAUCCUGGGCUACAGCUGGCUGGAGGCUGUCAUCUUUCUCAUCGGCAUCAUUGUGGCCAACGUGCCCGAGGGGCUGCUGGCCACCGUCACGGUGUGCCUGACCCUGACCGCCAAGCGCAUGGCCCGCAAGAACUGCCUGGUGAAGAACCUGGAGGCGGUGGAGACGCUGGGCUCCACGUCCACCAUCUGUUCAGACAAGACGGGCACCCUCACCCAGAACCGCAUGACCGUCGCCCACAUGUGGUUCGACAACCAAAUCCACGAGGCUGACACCACGGAAGAUCAGUCUGGGGCCACUUUCGACAAACGAUCCCCGACGUGGACGGCCCUGUCUCGGAUUGCUGGUCUCUGCAACCGUGCCGUCUUCAAGGCUGGGCAGGAGAACAUCUCCGUGUCUAAGCGGGACACAGCUGGGGACGCCUCGGAGUCAGCUCUGCUCAAGUGCAUCGAGCUGUCCUGUGGCUCUGUGAGGAAGAUGAGGGACCGGAACCCCAAGGUGGCGGAGAUUCCCUUCAACUCUACCAACAAGUACCAGCUGUCCAUUCACGAGCGAGAAGACAGCCCCCAGAGCCACGUGCUGGUGAUGAAGGGGGCCCCGGAGCGCAUCCUGGACCGCUGCUCCACCAUCUUGGUGCAGGGCAAGGAGAUUCCCCUGGACAAGGAGAUGCAAGAUGCCUUUCAGAAUGCCUACAUGGAGCUGGGAGGACUCGGGGAGCGAGUGCUGGGGUUCUGCCACUUGAAUCUGCCCUCCGGAAAGUUUCCUCGGGGCUUCAGAUUUGACACGGAUGAGCUGAACUUUCCCACAGAGAAGCUCUGCUUCGUAGGGCUCAUGUCCAUGAUCGACCCUCCCCGGGCUGCCGUGCCAGAUGCUGUGGGCAAGUGCCGGAGUGCAGGCAUCAAGGUGAUCAUGGUGACGGGGGACCACCCGAUCACAGCCAAGGCCAUUGCCAAAGGUGUGGGCAUUAUAUCAGAGGGCAACGAGACUGUGGAGGACAUUGCAGCCCGGCUCAACAUCCCUGUCAGUCAGGUCAACCCCAGAGAAGCCAAGGCGUGUGUGGUGCACGGUGCCGACCUGAAGGACAUGACGUCCGAGCAGCUGGACGAAAUCCUCAAGAACCACACGGAGAUUGUGUUCGCCCGGACGUCUCCUCAGCAGAAGCUCAUCAUCGUGGAGGGCUGCCAGCGGCAGGGCGCCAUCGUGGCGGUGACCGGCGACGGCGUGAACGACUCCCCCGCGCUCAAGAAGGCUGACAUCGGCAUCGCCAUGGGCAUCGCCGGCUCCGACGUCUCCAAGCAGGCCGCAGACAUGAUUCUGCUGGACGACAACUUCGCCUCCAUCGUCACGGGCGUGGAGGAGGGCCGCCUCAUCUUUGACAACCUGAAGAAAUCCAUCGCGUACACGCUGACCAGCAACAUCCCCGAGAUCACCCCCUUCCUGCUCUUCAUCAUCGCCAACAUCCCCCUGCCUCUGGGCACCGUGACCAUCCUCUGCAUUGACCUGGGCACAGACAUGGUCCCUGCCAUCUCCUUGGCCUACGAGGCAGCUGAGAGCGACAUCAUGAAGCGGCAGCCGAGGAACCCCCAGACAGACAAGCUGGUCAAUGAGAGGCUCAUCAGCAUGGCUUACGGACAGAUCGGCAUGAUCCAGGCCCUGGGUGGCUUCUUCACCUACUUUGUGAUCCUGGCCGAGAACGGCUUCCUGCCAUCACGGCUUCUGGGAAUCCGCCUCGACUGGGAUGACCGGUCCAUGAAUGACCUGGAGGACAGCUAUGGACAGGAGUGGACCUAUGAGCAGCGAAAGGUGGUGGAGUUCACGUGCCACACGGCCUUCUUUGCGAGCAUCGUGGUUGUGCAGUGGGCUGACCUCAUCAUCUGCAAGACCCGCCGCAACUCCGUCUUCCAGCAGGGCAUGAGGAACAAGAUUCUGAUUUUUGGGCUCCUGGAGGAGACCGCUCUGGCCGCCUUUCUGUCCUACUGCCCGGGCAUGGGGGUGGCCCUCCGCAUGUACCCGCUCAAGGUCACUUGGUGGUUCUGCGCCUUCCCCUACAGCCUCCUCAUCUUCCUCUACGAUGAGGUCCGGAAGCUUAUCCUGCGGCGGUACCCGGGUGGCUGGGUGGAGAAGGAGACAUACUACUGAACCUGCUGGAAAGAAGAACCAGGCACGGGAAAGAUGGGGUGCCCUGGAGGUGUUGGGGGAUGGGGAGGGGGAGGGGUGGAAAAAACUGGGGUGGAUGUGAGGGGAUGCUCUGGGGAGAGAGACUGAGGCAACUCAGCAGGCUAAUUGGGGCAGUGGGGAAACAAGCCGGGGUAGGUGCCUGCAGACCUAAUGCGAGCAAUCAGAUUGCACACCACCUGUUAGGUUCCUCUCCACCCCACUCCGCUAGGUUGUCUGCUUUCCCUGAGGAAUUGAGGUGACCCCAGCUUUACCCAUUCCCUGUCUCCUCACCCCCACCUCCCACUAGAACAGAUCAAUACCCAAGGGCAAGCACCUGCUAAACCCAGAGGGGAACCAGGCUCAGAUCACCAGUGUCCCCUUGCGUCUCCAGCCUGGUUGUUUCUGGUGAGUGCCAGGCCCCGAGGCCAGAAAGGAAAGCUGGAUGGAGAGGUUAGGGCCUAUUUCCCAUCAUGGCUAGUCAGGCACCUCUAGAAGAGAGCUGGGCAGACUGAUGGGGGCUAGGGAUACAGCAGAGGAGGGGAACAACAAAGGGACAUGAAAAGAUAGUGUCAAUGACAGGACAUGUGACUGGUCGGGUCUCCAGACCGAUGUCUGGGCUCCAGCUCUGGGACCUGCCCUUUAGAGCACUCUACCGGCAGGCCAAAUUCAAAUGUCAUCAGAACAGCAGCAGAGGCAGGACCAGAAAGCAAUGCGGGGCGCUUCAUGGGAUUCCAUGCCCACGUGCCACAGCGUCCUCACUGACUCUUGGUCUGUGGUCUGUCUGGGCCAGCAGGCCCAGGUGUCACAGCUGUGCCAGCUCUCUCAGUCACGGCGCUUGGGAACGCCCUGCCCUUUAGAAUGCUAAGCCCUCAGAAGUCCCCCCAAGAGGGUAGCUGCCAGUCCAUUCCCUGCUCCUCUGGCCCCCUCCGCGUCAUGCCCAUCCUGUGCGCUGCGUCAUUCCCAGGCACUGCCAAGCCUGCCCUGGAAAAGGCACUCCCUGGCCAUCAGCUGGAAGUUGGGUGGAGAAGUUCCCAGAACCCUCCUGUUUUCCGGGGACAUGCAGAAUCCGCUUAGGUCAGAAGCAAGGUCAGAAGCUCUGGACAGCAAGAGGGAAAGCAUUAGACCUGCCUUUGACCUCUCAGACAGCAAGCCUGGUCCCCCCGGGCAGACACCCUUCACACUGAUCAUUGUGCCACUUCCCCCAGAAGGGCAGUUACUGCCAGGUUCCUACGUGAGCUACUUUUCCUUCCCUUGCGCCUCUCCACCUAUCCCGUGGCUCUGCAGGCAGCGCGGCCCAUUCCCUAAGCCUGGCGUAGAGGGCACCGGAACAUCCUGUAGAGACACCUAGAUGAACCGAGCAAGGGACAGAGACACCCAAGAAAAAUGGAAGCCCUAAGGCAAGAAGGAAGGAAGCCCAAAAGACACACAUCAGGCCCACAACCUCCCAAGGGCUAUUCCUUCCUUUUACUGGAAUUUUCCUUUAUCAGUAGUAUCUUGAAAUAAGUCAGUGCUUUGGGCUUGGAAAACUAAAUGGGAAACCAUAUUACUUUGGGCCUGAUUGAUCUGAGAUUUAUUGUCUAUGGACAAAAGUUUGCCUUGGCAAGUCAAUAAAAAUGGCAUUUGUUUAGUAAGUUAAGAGUAUAAUAUUGCUAGGGGUGGCAUAUUUAGUCUACCUAAACCAAUACUUUUCAGGCACUUUAGGACUAUCCAUUUAGAAGUAGUGAGCAUGUGGCCUAAUUAUCAUCAGUUCUUUGGUAUUUUUUCAAAAUAUCUGCAAGACCUUUUGUAAGAUGUUAGUUUGAAGCACUACAUAUGUACUUGAAAACAAUAAAGUUACAUUUCUUUAUGAAAAAAGAGAUCCCUUC